AUGCCGCUGUCGGUCGUACUUCAUUUUGCAACCGCCGCUGGCACAUUACAUUACAUCUCUAUUGGAGCAGCAAGCCUCCUCCACGUUGGAUUCAACAAUCGCAUCCACUUUGAGGUACGCCUGCCAGGAAAGUAUGACGCUGCACAUACUCUGAUGUCUCUCUUGAUGAUAAAGGUGCUUUGUCCGACACCCGCGCGGUCAGAAGUCAUUCCGCGUGAAAGGUUCUAA